AUGAGUGCUAUUUUGCGUUCCAGCUUCUUGAUCGCUACCGAAGUUGCGGCAUUUGAAUUCCUCUGCUUCAACCAAAACAAAGUAGAAUGUUCCUUAAAUCACCUACAUCCAGAGGAAGGAACUUUUGUGCUGCAGCAUAUACCGACGCAAGCAUACAUGUUGACAUUCACCAACCUCAUAGCCACUACCGUUGAUCACACCAUUCUAGCCAAACUGACUCCAUCCAUCACGUACUUGUUGGUGAAUGAUUCUGCGCGCGUUAGAAACUUUAUACUACCAGGUAACAGUUCCAUCGAGCGUUUGUUCCUCUACAAUACUAGGGUCAGUGCAAUUCGGUUCGAGAACAAUGACAUGCUGUACAUGCUGUCCAUAGAAAAGGCUCGGUUAAAGCACAUCCCAUCCACGUUGGCCAACUUGAAGAAUUUGAGUUACGUUAAAAUUAGUCACACUCCGCUGAAACAACUUGAUCUGAGCUUUUUUUGUAAAUUGCGUCGCCUGCAGAUUAUCAAUCUUAAUCACAAUAAGAUACACCUCAUCACGGCCCAGCAGUACGCCAACUGUGGUUCAUUGCUGGUGGAAAUGUGGUUGGCAAACAAUCGACUCAAGCGAGUAGACCCGAACGUAUUUGUCCAGCUCAGCAAGCUGGAGUCGGUCACACUAUCGGACAAUGUGAUAGAUACCUUUUCAGGCAGUUUUAAAAACACACUAAUAGGUGGCUGGCUGGCACUUAACCACAAUCUGCUGCCAACGUUAGAUCUUUGUGAAUGGAGCUCGAUGCCAUACGUAUCUGCCCUCUCAAUAGAAUGGAACAAGCUUACCCACGUACCGAUGUGUUUGGAAAGGAUGCCGAAUCUGGAGAUGAUCAAUCUGGAGCACAACCAGUUAUCGAACGUUGCGAUCGAUGUGUUUAAGGAAUUGAAGCAGUUGCAGCAUCUACGGCUAUCCGAGAACCCGAUCGUCACGUUUACAAUACAUCGACAUUCUCUUCCACCUAGUCUUUUUAGUAUAGACAUCCGGCACGUACGUUUGCAACUGACAAACAUAUCGCAAGCAUUGGCACAGUCGGUAAAAAUCAUGAUGCAGUGUGCAGCGUUCCAGUUUCGUUGUCAGCCGGUAAACACCAAUUUCACCUGCACGAUCACAAACUAUAGCCCGAAGCUGGAAGGAACGUUCUUGUUUAACCACAUGCCGGAAAGAACGAACAAUAUUGAUUUUAAAAAUCUUAUUCUACCGAUCGUGGACAAUACGAUAUUCAGCUACUUACCGACCGCUGUCAGCACACUAACGUUCAGCGGUUCUAGGGCAGUGCGUGCAAUAAUAGUGCCUCAAAACAUUUCCCUGUUUGAAAUUACCGUUGCCGAGCCCAGCAUGGUCAGAAUGCGUUUCGCAAAGAACUGCACGCUGUCCAAGUUGUAUAUAACGCAGAGUAGCUUAAUCGAAAUUCCACCAACGCUUAGCCACCUAAAAAACUUAUUCUUCUUCAAACUAAGCCAGUCGCCGAUCGAACAGAUUAGUUUAGAACGGUUCUGCAACUUAUCGCAGCUACAGUCACUUAAUUUAAAAUACAACCUCAUCACCACUAUAUCAUUCCGAGGUGCGACAGUGCCCUGGUGCGGUCCGGCACUAGUGAAACUCACGCUUAGCUACAAUAAGCUCCGCAUUGUGAAUAUGACAGUGUUUGCAAGCAUGCGGGAACUGCAGAUACUGGAUCUGGAAAACAACUUGAUCGAGUUUGUAGAAGGUCGCUUCACGAAUCCCAACAUUACGACCGUGAUACUAACCAGCAACAAACUGCUGGCGAUAGAUCUGUGCCGCUGGAACGCGAUGCCAUCGCUUAACUCGUUUUCCUUCUACAAAAAUAGUUUGCAGCUCAUACCGAAAUGUUUGGACCGGAUGCCAGCGGUGAAGUUUAUCAACUUCAACAGCAACAAGCUUACCAGAAUUAAUAUCGAAGCGUUCGCGAUGCUGAACCAGCUGAAGUCAUUAUUUUUCACAAACAAUGCAAUAAGAUCAAUUGUCAACCACCGCAGACCGUUGCCGUCGAGCUUAAAGGAAAUUUACCUUGAGCACAAUCCACUGCCGUUAGAGAAUGUUACAAAGUUUUUCCCAUCCUCCCUCAGAAACUUCCAAGCAUCCACAUUCGAUCGUUCAAUGAUGAUCAGACACAUCCCGCGCACUUUAGACCGGUUGGAAUUCGUGGACUCAAGAGCGCUGCAACGAUUUGUUUUGCCAAGCAAUUUUAGCAUCCGGCAGCUUAUGAUGACAAAAACACAGCUAAGCAGGAUCGAAUUGCACUCCAACAAUGCCGUCCGUGAGCUGAUCAUCGUGUCUAGCAAACUGCAGCAGGUACCAGCUUCAAUUGGAAAUCUGAAAAGUUUGGUUAAUAUCAAACUGCAACAAUCCUACAUUCCGCAUCUAAACCUAAGCAUACUGCAGUGGUUCAGUGAGCUAAGAUCGUUAGAACUGCCGCAAAACAGAAUACGGACAGUUACGAGCACCCUGAACAGUGGGCAGCGACGCAAGUUCUAUAUGCUAAAUCUGAGCUACAAUCAGCUUCGAAUCCUCAACCUCGAGGUACUUGCUGCUGUCGGGUGGUUUAUGAAUGUCGAUGUAUCGCACAACAAGAUAGAAUUGUUGGUUGGACGAUUCACUAGCGUUCACCUAUCGGGUAUUACGCUUUCCUACAAUCGUCUGAAAACGCUCGACUUUUGUCAAUGGAAACCGAUGCCGAGCCUCACAUCAUUAUCGCUCCAAUCGAACGAGCUUUCGCGCGUACCAAAUUGUAUGCACCAUCUGCCAAGCCUCUCCAAUAUUAACCUCAACAACAAUAAACUAACGUGUGUAGAUAUGGACGCGUUUGGCGAUAUGGAGGAUCUGCUGGAUUUGGAUUUGUCGGCCAAUCAAAUUUCGUUGAUCGUAUUUAGGGAAGAGAAAUAUCCCAAACGGCUUGAGGAAUUGAUUUUAAGCAGAAACAAAAUCGAGUGUAUUAAUCCGGGCGAUAUGCCCUUCUGCCCAUUGGACAUUGAAUUUAUACCGAGCUCGUCGGACAGCCCUUGGAAACGAAACAACAAUACCUUGCAAAGGCAAUUAACGAUCACUACUGCUUAA